AUGAGGACUCCGUCUGACCAGCGAGACAAAGCAAAAUGGUGUGAAUUCCACAAUGACCACGGUCACCGAACGGAUGAGUGCAUUGCCUUAAAACUCGAAGUAUCCAACCUAUUAAAACGUGGUCACCUGACUGACUUACUUACAGACAAAGGCAAAAGAACAUUCCAGCAGGAGGCAGACAGGUCAGUCGUCCGAAGAGAAGUAACCCCGCCGAAGCCACCUACUCAUGAACAGACGGUGAACGUAAUAACUGGUGGCUCUGAGGUAAGCGGAAUCACCCAUUCAGCAGCCAAAAGACAUGCCAGACAGACCAACUGGAUCAAAGGAGAGUCCAGUGAGACAGAGAAGAAUACCAUCAACCUACCAGCCCAAACCAUCAGUUUCUCAACAACAGAGUUAACCAGACUCCUCAACCCACAUCAUGAUGCUCUUGUCAUUGCACUUUACAUUGCUAAUUGUCUUACUAAACGUAUACUUAUUGAUAAUGGUAGUUCAGCUAACAUUUUAUUUUUAAGUGCUCUCAGGGAAAUGGGGAUAGAUGAAUCAAAGAUUAUAAAGAAGACUACAAUCCUCAUCAGUUUCAGUGGAGAACAAAAGAACACACUAGGAGAGAUCGAGCUACCUGUCUAUGCCGAAGGAGUCAAUCUAUGCACAAGAUUCCUGGUAGUAGACUCUCCGUCUGCUUACAACGUGAUAUUGGGUCGACCAUGGAUACAUGAAAUGGAGGCAGUCCCUUCAACAUACCACCAAGUCCUAAGGUUCCCAACUAAGUGGGGAGUAAAAGAAAUUAAAGGCCAACAGAAAGAUUCGAGAGCAUGUUACCAGACUACCAUGAAGGCCAAACCCGCUCAGUUAUAG